UCGGUGACCGACUGAGCGCUACCUCUGUGUCACAUACACACACAUACACGAAUACACGUACACGCCGGCAGAUUGGUAGUUGCACGCGUGCACUGGCGCACAAACACGCACGCUCGGACCUCGCUGCAGGAGGAGAAGAAGAGACGCUUCUUUUUAUCCGCCUCCAACUUCUGGCUGAGCUUUUCUUCCUGUCUUUCCGCCUCUUCAACUCCAAUGCGAGGAUUUUACCACACUUUUCGUCGUUUAUGUCACUUUUUGCUCAAAUCUGAGGAGAAGCAGCUCCAGGACCGGAGGGGAGCAUGUCAAGUAGUCCGCGCAACUGAGCCAAAACUAGCGGAACAAGAUGGAUAAACGGAGUUAUACUCGCGUUUUGCCUGCUGUUCUUAUCCACUUAGUACUUUUGGGAUUUACAAGAGGACAAUUCUUUCCAGGAGGCUGUAAUUUUGAGGAGUCUUACAGCAGCUGCGGCUACAGCGUUUCCCUUGGAACCAAUGGAUUUACCUGGGAACAGGUCAACUCCUGGGAGAAGCCUACCAUUGACCCCAACCUUCCUACAGGUUCCUUCAUGGUUGUGAAUGCGUCGGGUCGGGCAUCCGGACAGAAGGCUCACCUCUACAUGCCCAUCCUGAAGGAGAACGACACGCACUGCAUUGACUUCCUUUACUCCCUCUCCAGCCGGAACGGAGCAAGCCCGGGGACUCUCAAUGUCUAUAUCAAGGUGAAUGGGGGAGCCCAAGGAAACCCCAUAUGGAAUGCAUCCGACACUGUCACUGAGGGAUGGGUGAAGGCCGAACUGGCCAUUUCAACGUUCUGGCCAAACUCCUAUCAGGUGAUCUUUGAAGCGGUUUCGGUGCAGGGCCAACCUGGGUUCAUCGGCAUCGACGAUAUUCGAGUCCUGGCUCACCCCUGUCGAAAGGCUCCACACUUCCUUCGACUGCAGAACGUGGAAGUGAACGUCGGUCAGAACGCCACCUUUCAGUGCACUGCCGGAGGGAAGUGGUCCCAGCAUGACAAACUAUGGCUCCAGCAGUGGAACGGGAAAGACACCUCACUGAUGAUGACCCGAGUGGUGAACCACAGACGCUUCUCAGCGACUGUCAACGUCGGCGACACCUCACAACGCAGCACAAGUCGCUACCGCUGCGUUAUCCGAUCAGACGGAGGGUCCGGAGUGUCCAACUAUGCCGACCUCAUCGUCAAAGCACCACCUACGCCGAUUGCCCCGCCCGAGCUUCUAGCUGUUGGCGCCACCUAUCUCUGGAUCAAACCCAAUGCCAACAGCAUCAUCGGAGAUGGGCCUAUAAUUUUGAAAGAGGUGGAGUAUCGCACCACGUCUGGAAACUGGGCCGAGACACAUGUGGUGGACGCUCCCACUUACAAACUGUGGCAUCUGGAUCCGGAUGUGGAAUACGAGAUCAAAGUUCUGCUGUCCAGACCCGGUGAGGGUGGGACGGGACCUCCAGGGCCGUCUCUGGUGACCAGGACUAAAUGUGCAGAUCCAGUUCACGGUCCUCAGAAUGUCAACGUGGUAGACAUCCGAGCUCGACAGCUGACCAUCCAGUGGGAAACGUUUGGCUACGCUGUGACUCGCUGUCACAGUUACAACCUGACGGUCCAGUACCAGUACAUGUUCAACCAGCAAGAGUUUGCAGCCGAAGAGCUCAUCCCGACGUCUUCUCAUUACACCCUGAGGGGCCUUAGACCCUUUGUCACAGUCCGACUGAGGCUGGUUCUGGCAAACCCAGAGGGCAGCAAAGAGAGCGAGGAGAUAGUCAAGCAGACGGAGGAGGAUGUGCCGGGAUCAGUGCCAGUGGAGUCUCUGCAGAAUACGCCUUAUGAAGAAAAGAUCUACAUGCAGUGGAAAGCUCCCAAUGAGACCAACGGGGUCAUCACCCUGUACGAGAUCACAUACAAGGCCCUCAGCUCACUGGAUCCCAGCGCUGACUUGACCAACCAGAGGGGCAAAGUGUCCAAGCUGAGAAACGAGACCCAGCACAUGUUCGUGGGCCUCUAUCCCGGGACCACCUACUUCUUUACUCUGAAGGCCUCCACCAGCAAAGGCUGCGGCCCACCGGUGACAACACGCAUCGCCACCAAGUUUGCAGCUCCCAUGAUGCCAGAGUACGAGUCAGAGGCUCCGUUGAAUGAGACGGAAACCACCAUCACAAUCCUGUUGAAGCCGGCGCUGUCAAGAGGGGCUCCAAUCAGCUACUACCAGCUUGUCGUGAAGGAGCACCGCAAGUCCAAGACUCGCCGUGCUGCCUCGGAGGCUCCAGAGUGCUUUGCUGCGCCCUUUAGCUUCCGAAACGCCUCCAUACUGGACUCGUCCUACUACAUGGCUGCCGAGCUGCCGCCAAACAGCCUGACGAUCGUUCAACCGUUCACAGUCGGAGACAAUAAAAGCUACGGAGGCUUCUGGAAUCCUCCCCUGUCUCCGGCCAAGAGCUAUAGCAUCUACUUCCAGGCCAUUAGCAGGUCCAAUGGGGAGACCAAAAUCAACUGUGUCCGCCUUGCGAACAAAGUGGUAAUAGGUAGGGGACAAAUAACAACGCCGUACAUUCUAGUCAUCCCAAGCGAAGGUGCAUCUACCCAGGACUCAGACGCCAUCGAGCCAGAGAAGCAGGUGGAUGGCACGGUGAAGAUGGCCGGCGUGAUCGCAGGGAUACUGAUGUUCAUCAUCAUCCUCCUCGGGGUGGUGCUCACCUUUAAGCGCAGAGAGAUUCACACGUGGAGAACUCUGAGCGUGGGAAGACAUGCUUAUUCCUACUCUUAUUACCUGAAGCUGGCAAAGAAGCAGAAGGAGACAGCCAGCAGCUCCACCCAGCAGAGGGAAAUGGGUCCUGUGACGACAGCCAACAAGAGUACUACUAAUGUCAGCACCCUACACAAGGACGACCCUUUUUCAACCUCCAACCAGGACCUCAAUGGCUUUGCCUCCCCAUCCUCCUGCUCUUUUUCUGUGCAGGGAAGCAAGACGCUGCAGAGCAAAUCCCUGCUGAAUUCCUACUACUCAGUGUCAAAAGAGCCUGUUCCUGCGACCACAUCGAUAGAUGGAAGCCAGCCGUCACUCGUCCAGCCAUCGCUGACCCUGCAGAGCUUUCCAUAUGGAGGCUGUGAGUCUGUGGAGCUCUCCUACCAGAGUGGUCAGUUCCAGGCCGGCCAGUUUCAGCCAGCCAUCCGAGUCGCGGACCUCCUCCAACACAUCACCCAAAUGAAAUGUGGACAGGGUUACGGCUUUAAGGAGGAGUACGAGGCUCUGGCGGAGGGACAGACUUCACCUUGGGAAACAGCCAAAAAGGACGAGAACCGCAACAAGAAUCGCUAUGGAAACAUCAUUGCUUACCCCACAGACGAUCACACCAGAGUUCGACUGCAGCUGCUGGAUGGGGAUCCACACUCCGACUACAUCAACGCCAACUACAUUGACGGAUACCACAGACCCAGACAUUACAUCGCCACUCAAGGGCCCAUGCAGGAGACGGUGAGGGAUUUCUGGAGGAUGGUCUGGCAGGAGAACUCCGCCUCUAUCGUCAUGGUGACCAACUUGGUUGAGGUGGGCAGGGUGAAGUGUGUGCGGUACUGGCCCGAUGAGACGGAAGUGUAUGGAGACAUCAAGGUGACGCUGAUUGAAACAGAACCACUGGCCGAAUACGUCAUUCGGACCUUCACAGUGCAGAAGAAGGGUCACCAUGAGAUCAGGGAACUCCGUCAGUUCCACUUCACCAGCUGGCCGGAUCAUGGCGUUCCCUGCUACGCUACUGGACUGCUGGGAUUCAUACGGCAGGUCAAGUUCCUCAACCCGCCAGAUGCAGGUCCCAUUGUGGCUCACUGCAGUGCUGGUGCAGGAAGGACGGGGUGCUUCAUUGCUGUGGACAUCAUGCUGGACAUGGCAGAGAACGAAGGCGUAGUCGAUAUAUUCAACUGCAUCCGGGAGCUCAGAUCACAACGAGUCAACAUGGUCCAGACAGAGGAGCAGUACGUGUUCGUGCACGACGCCAUCCUGGAGGCGUGCUUAUGCGGGAACACUGCCAUCCCAGUGUGCGAGUUCAGAGCCGUUUACUACAACAUCAGUCGGCUGGAUCCACAGACCAACUCCAGCCAGAUCAAGGACGAAUUCCAGACCCUAAACAUAGUGACCCCUAGAGUGCGCCCAGAGGACUGCAGUGUCGGGUUGCUUCCCAGAAACCACGACAAGAACCGCAGCAUGGAUGUUCUGUCAGCAGACAGGUGUUUGCCGUUCCUCAUAUCCGUGGACGGCGAGAGUUCCAAUUACAUCAACGCUGCAUUAAUGGAUAGUCACAAACAGCCUGCAGCCUUCAUCGUUACCCAGCAUCCUUUGCCGAACACAAUGGGUGACUUCUGGAGGCUCGUGUUCGACUAUAACUGCUCGUCCAUCGUGAUGCUCAAUGAAAUGGACGCAGCGCAGUUGUGUAUGCAGUACUGGCCUGAGAAAAGCUCCUGUUGCUAUGGACCCAUUCAAGUGGAGUUUAUCUCAGCGGACAUUGAUGAAGACAUCAUUAACCGGAUCUUCAGGAUCUGCAACAUGGCUCGGCCUCAAGAUGGUUAUCGGCUGGUGCAGCACUUUCAGUUCAUCGGCUGGCCGGCCUACAGGGACACACCUCUGUCAAAACGCUCUAUACUUCAGCUGGUCAGGCGGCUCGCCAAGUGGCAGGAGCAGUACGACGGUGGGGACGGACGGACAGUUGUGCAUUGCCUAACUGGUGGCGGACGUUCCGGGACCUUUUGUGCCAUCUGCAGCAUCAACGAGAUGAUUCAGCAACAGAACAUUGUAGACGUGUUCCACACUGUCAAAACUCUGAGAAACAACAAGACCAACAUGGUGGAGACAAUGGAGCAGUACAAGUUCUGCUACGAAGUGGCCCUAGAAGCUCUCAGCUCAUUCUAAUUGGACCCCAGAUCUCAUUUACCGAAUGGAUCACCACGGACACGCAGAAGCAAAGAAAAACUGCCUGGUGUCUACAUGGACCUGCAAGGACGCGUGCCUGUCUGACUGAGUGUUCGAGUGCAUGAGUCCAAUUCUGAGACGCCACGCUUGCAAAUUUGCGUGUGAGCAAAUGUCCAUAACUAUAUGUGUGCCUGUUCGAACACACACCACGUGUACAGAGGAUUUAUGAAGGAAAAAAAAAAUCUCUUGUGGAUGUUUCACUCCAGCAAGACUUGGGACCUUAGGAAGAAAUGCUUGUACAAAGAAUAACGAUAAAAAAAAAAAAAAAAAGAGUCUGAAAAAAAAAUCCUUCUCAAUGUCCUCUGCUGGGCUGUGAUGUGAUUAUUGUACAGUAUUUUCUUUUUAGAUAUAUUCUACGCCUUGAAUGUUUAUCUCCCACGGAUGGUUGGAUGCACAUUGGACGAUUCAGCCUCGAGCUGAGAAACAUAGUUGACUUCUUUUGGUUAAAUACAACACGCUGGUGUGUUCAAAGACAUCAAGCUGUGCGAAAUAUUAAAACACACAAGAUUUCACAACUAUCCUGCGACUCAUCCAUUCAUCGUCUUUCCAUAACAAGCCUAGCUGCGAGUGUAAGAACGCUGAAUGUCAAGUGCAUUUAUGGGACACAGGAACUGGGUUUGUGUGGUCUAUGUUUGGGGCUUGAAGGUGUGGAAGAAAGCAUUGACCCACUCGGAACACGUUAUAUUUGUGCAACGAAACUUCCCUUCCCCCAGCCCGGACAGGAAGUGAACAUCCAUAACCUAGAAUUAAGGGUUUUGCAUUAAAGAAUUCAGACCUUUUAUAAUAAAUGUAAACUCAUUUUGAACUCAAUAUACUUUCACACUAAGAUUCCUUUAUAAUACUUUCAAUGCAAGUACACCCUUGUGCUACUGUUCAUGCCUUGAUUAAUUUCAUUUUACUAAUUCAAUAAAAAUAUCGUGAACACAGAGUUUCAGAGCACCAAUUCCAGAUGCAUCACAUUAUACAAUGUAAUGUUAUAACCCAAACAACCAUGUUGAAAGAGACCAAAUGAAAUUAGUGGAAAAUUGAAGUUUAACAAACUGCAGGACAGAAGCAAAAAAAAAAAAAAAAAAGUUCACGCAUCCCUUAAGAUUACGUGCACAGAUUCAACCAAUCAAGUUUGAUCAUUCUGGUGUGAAACGUUUAAGUGUAAUUAAAAUUAAUUUAACUGAUUGUUCAUAGAAAAAAUAAUCACAUCCCUUUGUUGGUCCCUUUAUGAUAGUUUACUUUUGUUUAUAUUGCAAUUCAAAUUUUAAGUCCAAAAUUAUUGAACAAUUAUAAUCUAAUCCCGCACGUGACACUUGCCAUGAUAUUUGAGGGCUGUUUCUUGUUUUUUUUUUUUAUUGGUUUUUUUUUUUUUUUCUUCUUAAGAGCCAACAUGACCGGAGAGAUCUCGUGGUGACAUUGACGUUGUUGGUUACAGACUAUAGCAGCUUGGCAGUUUUUAUCUUUUUAUUGAAUGUGUUUUUGAGGACAUGGUGUCUUGGCCCCAGUAUUAAUCAUCUCAGGUCCCUAUAUAAACCUUAUCCAGUGUGAAAAUGUUACAUAAUUUACAAUGCACGAGCUUCAAAAUUUUUCAUUUGUUUCCAAAUUUCAGUUUCAUUUUCAAACCAUAAUGCAUUGACAAGAAAUACCUCAGUGGGGAAACAAAAAACAAGCUUUUUAUUUGCAAUACCUGCCAUGAGUUGGUCCUGCGGUCAACUGAACUGUGAAGUAUUUAAUAAGAAUCAAUGACGGUGAAAACAAUUCUUGAUUGAUUGAAAGUCGUCCUGUGUGCAUCCAUCCCUGCUGUAAAUAAGGUAUGACAACCACAAUCAAACAAACAAACACACACCAGACUUUUACAAUAGCAUUUUUGUGUGUGUCAAAAAAAAAACGAUGACAUUACUUGUGUUUUGCCAGCGAGUUGUUUGUGCCGACUGCUUUCUCACGUCCUAUGUUUUACCAUCCCGCAAGUUACAUUUCCAGACAGUAUUGCUUUAAAUUUGAUUCUGAAAUGAAGAAAUUAUUUAAAACUUUUUUUCAUGCAGCAACCAAAAUUAUUAUUUUUUUGUGGUGAUUGAAUUUAAAUUUAAAACAAGCAGUGGAGGCUGUCUGAUGUUUUUUUGAGGGUGUGGAAGAGGGUGGUUUUAUUAAGCUUUGCUGAACAAGAGGUCAACCUGAUUUGAGGAUUCACGCAGCCAUUGACUCACGACAGUCUAAAUCACAGCAAAAGUCCAAUAAAUAUUCAACUGAAGACAUUGGGAAUGCCAGAAAUGUUGACCAAUAAUGACUCUGCUAAUUGAAGUUUAUUUAUUUUUGCUUUUCUAUUUCAUUUCUCUUUUUUUAUUUUGCAUUGAAUUUGUACAUUUCCUUUGUAUAAUUAUUGCUCAGAUGACUAUUCGUCUAGACAAGUGUUGCUUAGACCUGGUGACGCCAUUAUCAUUGGUUGUUUAGUUGUUUGAAAUGUGGUUAACAUUAAAUAA